CAAAAAGAAAAAAGAAAGCAGACAUUACAGGAUUUACAAAAGCUCCCUCCGCGUGAGAAUUAUUAUGUUUGUUUGUUGACAGAAGAGGCAGAAGAGGAUUUGAUUUGUGAGGUUAGGCGGUGGUAAAAGGCAAAAUUUGUGAACAUGGAGGAAUUCAUAAAUAUUAUAGGCUUGCAAUUGUGUGUAAUGGUGGCUCAAAGCCAAAAGGAUGUGAUAUCCAAAUAUAAAAAAAGGAGUCCUAUAUUGGAGAUUGUACGCGAACAUGAAAAAGUUACCAGAUAGUUCGAAGUACAAAGACUUAAUAAAGGAGCAUUGAGGGGAUAUAUUAAGGGACACACCUUAUAAAUGGUAAAAGGAAGAAAUGAGACUGCUUGGUGGGGCAAGUAGUUCAUUUUCAUAUUCAUUUCAUUGUUAUCAUGCAUGUACAUCAUACGUUUUUAAUUUUAAUUUUUAUAUCUAUUUAUUUGUCUGUCUUAUGUUUUUUUAUGUCUCCACAUGUGUUGUGCCAAUUUCUGUGUAUACCCUUUAUGGGAAAUAAAGAAACCCUGACAGAAUCGUUAGCACGCGAAGUAUUUCGCCCGUCUUGAAGACGUUUGAAUUCAAAUUCUGCCGAUGUCGACUAUGCCUUUCCUCCUUUCGAGGUCGAUAAAAUACGUAGCAGUUGAACACUGGAGUCGAUGUAAUCAACUCACUUCAACCCCGAAAAUUGCUGACUUUGUGCCAAAAUUUGAAACCAUUCGACGAUUCUAUAUCUCUCAUCAUGCAGCAUUUUUGUGUUCUGUUGUAUUAAAUCAAAUUUUCUCCUCCAAGACGCCCUUUUUUUUUUUUUUUUAAUUUUAAAGAAGGAAGAACGUAUCAGAUUAUGUCCUGGUGGUCAUGGCUGGAAUGCCUUAUAUCAUAGAUUUGUUCAGUCGCCGUUGAAAUUGUUCUCGUCGAUACUAAGAGUUUAGGAAUAAUUUUGCCACUAUUGAUUAAUAUUUAUGGUGUAUAGUGGAAUCCCUGGAUGUGAAGUAGAGUGAACAUGAUUUAGGCAGCUGAAAUGGUUAUGUCUGGUUCUGUGAGGCCUUGGCCUGUCGUUGCAUUUGAAGGAGAGUUAAAUGCUAUUGUGAAAGAGUACCUCGAGUUUGGCGGUUAUGAACAAGCUCAACAGACGUUUGUUGAAGAAUGCCAGCAAAAGUCUAAACCAAUUUGUGAAAUUUCAGCUGAAUUAGUUUUAGAUGACCAGAAGAAAGCGACUCAAAAAAAUGUCCUUGAAUAUUUCGAUUUAGGAAAAAGGAAAGAUUUUCUGCGUGAGUGGAAUACAAAUAUUCCUCAAGAUAUUCGCAGUACUGACAUGGUUGCUAAGAAACUGGAGUUUACACUAUGGAUUCAUUUUGCUGUUUAUCCAAUGCGUCACAAAUUACCAACAAAAGAUAGUGAACAAGCAAUGGCUACUUUCAAGAACUUUCUAGAAACCCAAGGGGCUGAGCUGAGCCAGACACCAGCGUUCCUUCCAUAUUAUGCCUUACCUUUUGUUCAGAACCCAACAAGUCAUCCUUCCUAUAAGGAACUAUUCAAGCCAUCCUGGGUAGAGGAUCUGCGUAACCGUUUCCAACAAUUUUGGCUGCUCUCUACAAAAGCUGAUCAACCCCAGUUGUUUCAACUUUAUAGAGGAUCACCUGCUCAAACUGAAGAACUUCGUGAACAAUUACAUGAAGCUAGAGAAAAAUUAAAUCUCAGUAACACAGAAUUGCAUAGAUAUAUGAAGAGCAAUGCCAAACUUCAGGGAGACUACCAUGACCUCAUUGGAAUUUCAGCUGAUUUGGUUGAUGCUCUAGAAGAAACUGCAUUAGGAAAUACUGUCAGUCCAGAAAUGCUCCAACAAAUCUGCAAACGCCUAUUUACACAUGCCAAGCAACCAUCCAUUGACUUCAAUCGGCCUGGAACUGCUGGAAAAGCUCUUCGGACAUCUAUUAUUGAUGUUCCAAGUAAGAUAAAAGGGGACACGCCUUUAGAUUUCCCCAAAGUGAAAUCCGAUCUCUUGUCAGCUAACAAUCACCGCAAAUCAUUGCUACUGCAAGCCUUACGAUGGCGAUUGACCCGUACAAACACACAGCAAAGAACAAUAAACAUCACAAGUUAUGUACAUUCUGACUUGCUAGGCUGUGCUGCUGCAUCUGGUCCUUAUAAAGAUAUUAUACCAAAGAUCUUAAAUUCUGAAGUAGCUGAUUUGACUGGCGCAAUGUCUCGUCUCAUAAAUACCAUUUCUUCAGUGAGUGUUGGUCGGUCAUAUUUGGCUCGCAAUCCUGGCUUGAUGGCAUCUCUCAUUGAUAAUAUGAAGGCUGAACAGUGCAAUUCCCUGACUCGUGGAAUGAUUCUUGGGACUCUCCAGAAGCUGAGUUUGAGGCGUAACUUCCAGAGUUUGAUGAUUAAUGUUGAUCUUGUGGAAUGGUUAAUCAGUCUUUUGGAAGAAUAUGAUUUAGUCUCUGAUUACACACUGGAAUAUGCUGUGGCACUUUUAAUGAAUCUCUGUUUCCGUACGGCAGGUAAGAAACGCUGUGCUAACAACCCUACGACUGCACUGAAAGUCCUCACUGACCUUCUCGGACUUGGGAAUGACUAUCAAGAGAUUCUUCCUUAUGUGAAUGGUGUUCUGUACAGCAUUUUAGCCAUUCCCUCUGUACGUGAAGCUGCCAAAGAUAUGGGAAUUGAAGAAAUUGUUGAAGGUUUCAUCAAAGAAGGACAUUCAGCAAGGGAGUUGGAAUAUAUUAUCAAACAGUUAAAUUCAGAUCAAACAUUUAAUGACAGAGACUCUGAGGAUGAAGAGGAAGAUGAUGAAGAGGAUGAGGAAGAUCUCGAGAUGGAACCAGAUCUUGAUAAAGAUGAUGAAGUGAAACCAGGAAAUUCUGAACGACUUGCAGGAGAAGAACUGCUUUCAACCGAAUAUCUUUUGAGGAAAAAGCAGCCCCAAGAUCACAUCAUGGGCCGACAGCAACCUCUGCAACGUCCAGUGACACCAAGCCAAAUGAAGAAUACUGAUAUAUCACCAACUAAAACAAAUAAUGACAGAGUUCCAAAUUAUACUGUAAUUGAACCGAUUAACGAGACCUUGGAGCGACCACCAACUCGCAGCGGGAGUCAACCACCACCUACUGCCAGUACUGCAAUUUCCAGAGAAAACAAUACUCCAAGUCCAACAGGGAGUUCUAAAUCAACGACAUCAAAGAAAAGUAAAACCCAAGAUGCUGAAUCAAUUGCUGAAGGUGGUAAUUACUCCAAAGCUUUUAUGUCCCGUCCAAGAAUUUUGAGAACACCGGUAGAAGGUUCCAGUAAUUCUCUUUCCCGAAAUACACAAAACAGAUCUCCACCAACUCCAAAAUAUUCUGAUUCUGUACCAAGACCAACAUCUGCUAGUAAAUCAGGGUAUCCACAUCUCCCUGAAGGUACUUGA